CUGAACGAUGCUGUAAAGCAUUUUCAGUUGGUCCUGGAUCAAUGUCCGGUCGGUCAUCCUCACCAGGCAGCGGCUCUCACCAACCUCGUGCGGGCCCGCCUUGAAGGCUAUAUUCAAAACGAUCUUCGAGACAUCAACUCUAUCACUUCUCUCUUCCACGAAGCCCUUGCAUUGCGUCCGUGCCCCAAGGGACAUUCUGAACACAACGUCUACCUGAAUAACUUGGCCUUGUCACUUAAUUACCGCUUCGAUCACCAAAGUAACUCUCGUGACUUUGACAAUAUCAUUAGAUCCAUCAGCCUCCAGCGCGAGGCACUGAUGUUGCACCCGCCUGGGAAUCCAUAUCGUGAUAACACGGUUAACAACUUUGCCCUUGCGCUUAAAACCAGAUAUGACAAAUUGGAUGCUAGUGAGGAUCUCGACGAGACCAUCAACCUGUUCAAGGAUUCACUUCGGUUAAGACCGCAUGGCCAUCCAGGUCGCCAUAUAACUAUUGUCAGCUUGAGCUCGGCGCUUUGUUGUCGUUUCACGCACACUCGGAAGAAUGAAGAUGUUGAGGAAGCCAUUCGACUCUGCCAAGAGUCGUUGGAGGCUUUGCCUUCACUACACCCAGAUAGGUAUUUCAGC